UAACAAAAACACUUAAAAAUAUACAAAAUCACAUACACACACCAAUAGUGAAAAAACACACACAAAUGGCCACUUCAAUUCUCCUUUCAAGUUCCUUUUCUUGCACCCCUCAAUUUCCCAAAACACCAAAAUUCAUCUUUCCCAUAUCCAAACUCAACAACACAAUAACACCCAUUAACAAUUCUAUAAAUAGAAAGUUUUUAAAGACCGACCAAUUGUUGCCCACCAACUGUUUGAGGAAAUGCCGCAAAGUAUUUGUUUUAGGAGAAUCAGAUACAAGUGUUUCAAAAGAUGUUUUGGUUGGUGAGGAUUCGGCGAAUUUCGAUUUAGCUAAGCAAAAGAUUACUUCUUGGAUAUAUUUUACUGGGGUUUUGGGGGUUGUGCUUUUUAUUCUUGAUGUUGUUUGGAUUGAUAAUAAUACUGGAUUUGGUAAAGCUUUUAUUGAUUCUGUUUCUACUCUUUCUGAUAGCCCUGAGGUCGUAAUGUUCCUCCUUACCCUUAUUUUUGCCUUUGUACAUAGUGGCCUGGCCAGUCUCAGAGACCCCGGUGAAAAACUGAUUGGAGAGCGUGCUUUCCGUGUGUUAUUUGCUGGAACAUCCCUUCCUCUUGCCGUCAGUACAAUUGUGUAUUUCAUCAAUCAUAGAUACGAUGGUGUUCAGUUAUGGCAGCUACAAAGUGAACCUUGGUUACAUCAUCUAUUGUGGGUCACUAAUUUUAUAUCCUUUUUCUUUCUUUAUCCAUCAACCUUUAAUCUAUUAGAGGUAGCCGCUGUUGAUAAGCCUAAGAUGCAUCUCUGGGAAAGUGGGAUCAUGAGAAUCACCAGGCAUCCACAGUUGGCAGGACAGGUGAUGUGGUGUCUCGCUCACACCAUUUGGAUUGGCAACUCUGUAGCUGUAGCAGCAUCAGUUGGGCUAAUCGGGCAUCAUCUGUUUGGUGCAUGGAAUGGUGAUAGGAGGUUAAGAAUCAGAUAUGGUGAAGCUUUUGACAUUGUCAAGAGUCGAACAAGUAUCAUCCCAUUUGCAGCUAUAGUAGAUGGGCGUCAGAAGCUGCCAAAAGAUUACUAUAAAGAGUUCUUAAGGUUACCAUAUGUAGUCAUUACCGGAUUAACUCUAGGAGCUUACUUUGCGCACCCGCUAAUGCAGGCUGCUAGUUUUAGGCUCCAUUGGUGAUUUGGACUUUAAAUCUUUGUACGAAAUACCAAUAUAUAGUCUGGGUGACACACACGAUCAAUAUCAACAUGUAUAGCCAGCUUUGUCA